AUGGUGGAAAGGAAGCAUUACAAGACAAAAAUAUGUCAGCUGUAUCAAAGAGGCCGCUGCCCUCGCCAGUACUGUAACUUUGCCCAUGGCUCCGCCGAGCUCCGGCGCUCCUCCUUUAAUGGAAGGCAAGAGACCAGGGGAGGUGGAGACCUAAGAGAAAGGCUUGACAGAAUACGUUCUCCAUCGCAUAAGUCAUCAGCACGAGGAGAUCCUGAAGCAAGGAAUUCUUUUCAUGGAGACAGUCCUCGGUCUCUUGAGAAGAGAAGUGAAAGAAACCACCGGAAGAUAAAGCAGUUGGAUGGUCACACUGGUUAUUCUGAGAGAAUGUCGGAUGGUGAUGAAGGCCGAAAGAGAGAUAGCAGACGGACAUCUUCUGAUGCCAAAGUUCGCAUCGAUGAACAGUUGAGAGAAACACAUACUGAAAUUGAGAACCUGGAGAGGGACAAGCGGCACCUGGAGAUGUGCCUGGAUGAUAAGAUUAAGGAAGAAGAUACAUUAACUUCGAAAAUGCAUGAGCUUGAGAUGCAACUUUCUAAAGAGAAUGAGGAGGCGAAAAGGUUGAAUGAAAAAAUUAAGAAGUUCAUUAAAGCACAUAAUCGUCAUUUACGAUUACAAGAUGAACUGAAAAGAUCACAUGCCGAGCUCCAGAAGUUGGGUGAACAACUGGAUUCAGAUGCUGAGGGGCUAGGUAUUGAAGAUGAUUCACAAAUCAACACCGUAAAUGAUAGAAUAAAUGGUGUUUCUAGCCCAUUCAAUGAGGUUCCCCAUAGGAAAAGGCCACGACUUUUGAUAGAAGAGCAUGAUGCAUCAACUCAAGUGAAUGAGAGAACUAGAGUGGAAAAGCUUUCUCGACGAUCUGGGCAUCAUAAUCUGAUGAGCAACAGCAAGAAAGCUGAGGCAGAGGUUGAUGCAUAUAAUGAGCCUAAACUCUCAGCUUAUGAAGACAGGUCCAGAAGAGGAAUAAAACAGCCUGCUGAUACUGUUGCCUCUGCUGAAAAGCAUAAGUCAACAGAUACAGGCCUGACAUUACCAUCCACUGGUAUAGCUGCUCAUGCAAUGGAUGAAGAUGCUGAAGCUCUUGAUGCUGAUGAUAAUCGAGGUGCUGGAGCUGCUUCUACACAAGCUGAGUUGAAACCAAGAUCAAAAUUCUCGAGCGUGCCUUUUCCACCACCCCCUCUGCCUCCCAUCCCUCCAAAUGUCUAUUCACAGUACAAUGGUGAUGACGAGAAUGUGGAUAUCGAUGGACUUGACGAGGUCGUGGACACUGUCUGA